AUGGAUGCCAUGUAUGCUGAUAAAUUACACAGAGAGAUUGCUGCACUUGAGGAAAAAUUAGACCGUAUGGUCGACAUGCUGGCUGCCUCAGAACGCACUGCCAGAGAACGACUAGAUGGGACUACUGCAAGCUCAUCCCCGGCGGUUGAAGAGAGAAUCAUCGCCACCGACCUUGACGAAGAAAAAGUAUUGGAAGUGUUCAGAAAGCAGAUGCUGCUCCUCUUCCCUUUCUUGAUGAUUCCCUCGGAGGUUACUGCAGAGGAAUUGCGCCGAGAAAAACCCUUCCUCUUCAUGAAUAUUUGCAUGGUUGUGUGCCAAAGCUCUGUCCGCCAGAGAGAAAUUGUGAAGUCAGUACAGCGAUACGUGGCAGAGCAUAUCGUCAUGAGAGGCGAACAAAGUCUGGAUCUCCUCCAAGGGCUUCUGGUAAAUGCAGCUUGGUUCACAUCUGUCAGUCGUUGCCAGCCGCCCGCCGCGUCUACGCCCACAUCUGGCCACAGUGAAAUCUUCAAAGCCGAGAUGGAGCCUCAAUCUAUCAUUCGCAGCACCUCUCAAUUCGAUGCUUUUGUGCAUCUACUUGUGGCCCAAUCCCUCAGUUUGGGGCUGAACCAAGAGUUGACCUAUCAAAAAAGCUUGAAUUACCCCAUGACUUAUUUAAGGGAAGCCUUACAUGAGCCUUCUCACAAUCCUGUCCGAACCUUGGAGGAACGACGAACCUAUCUAGGGUGUUACUACCUGACCACGAUGCUUUCCACUUGUGUGAAAGACCUAGGACCCAUCAUCCGCUUCACCAAAUACACCGAAGAAUGUUGUAAGGUUCUAGAGCAGGUCGCAGAAAACCCCGUCGAUUCCCACUUGGUACAACUAGUCCGAGUGAUGAACCUUGCAAAAAGGAUUCAUUGUACACUGUACCGAACCGACCUUCACUCCUCACCAGUCUCAUCAUCCCCUAUUGGAUUGAGCAUAAGAUGGCUGGAGGCUGAACUCAGAGAAUUGAAGGCUCGCAUGUCGGGUGACCCAUCACAAAGCGCCAUCCUAUUAACCCACUACGACACACUGGAAAUACAUCUCUAUCGAGUCGCUCUGAACCAAGACUCGGCCGAGUCCAACUACGGCGAUCACCCACUGAUGCGAUUAGAUCUUCUAUACCGCUGCCUGGAAUCAACAACCUCAUUCUUCCGAAACUUCUGCGCCCUACCCUCCACGUUCUUCCCAUAUGUCCCCUUUACCAUAAUCUGUCAGUUCGGAAAAGCAAUCGUCACCCUCUCCCAGCUGUCACUAUAUAACCACAGCGGGUGGGAUCGCACGUACGUCGAAAGCACAAUAGACUUCAAUCACACCAUCGACCAAUUGCUCGCCAAGCUAGAAGAGUCCCGGCCUCAUUUUCAACAGACCUUGCAACAGGAUCCCGAAUGCACCCAGAUCCCCGAGAUAUACGGGAGAAUGGCCGCGAGAGGACAGAUGUUGAAGGCGAUGCACCAGCGGAGAAAGGACGCUUUGGAACAAACCUCACCGUCGAGUAUGACAACCAUGGAUUACGAGCUUAUGAUGAAUACGCCUUUGGAUCUCCUAUUUCCUUUUGGUGAGAUACCGCCUGUUUAUGAACCGUAUAGUUUUCAGGUUUAG